AACUGGUAAGGAAGGACUGGGGCCAGUCCUGGGGGUCUGUGUGACAUCCAGAACUCCCACCCUGCUUACCCCUAGGAACUGAGGCAGCAGCUAAACUCCCAUUAUUCUCAGAUGACACCCCAGCUGUGGAGGGACAGGGAUUGAACUUGGGACCUUGAGCAUGCCAGUGAGGCACUUAUGACACUGAACUGUCUCUCCGACCAAGGAACAUUCACACUGACAGGCACCCACAGCCUUGGCUCCACCCCCAAAGUGCCUCUGUGUUUCUCUGUGAAUCUAUCCUGGGGCAGAGUCCAGGGAGACUCAAGGCUCCUCCACACACACCCGCUGAAUCCUGAGCGCCCUGAGCUGCCUGCAUGGGGCGUGCUGAGGCCGCCGCCAUGAUCCCAGGCCUGACCCUGCUCUGGGCAGCAGGGCUGGGGCAUGCUACCCCCAGUCCCCCACGCCUUCGGCUCUCCUUUCAAGAGCUCCAGGCCUGGCACGGCCUCCGGACCUUCAGGCUGGAGCGGACCUGUUGCUAUGAAGCCUUGCUGGUGGAUGAGGAGCGUGGACGGCUGUUUGUGGGUGCUGAGAAUCAUGUGGCUUCCCUCAGCCUGGACAACAUCAGCAAGCAGGCCAAGAAGCUGUCCUGGCCAGCCCCAGUGGAAUGGCGGGAAGAGUGCAACUGGGCAGGGAAGGACAUUGGUACCGAGUGCAUGAACUUUGUAAAGUUGCUCCAUCCCUACAAUCACACACAUGUGCUGGCCUGUGGCACAGGAGCCUUCCACCCCAUCUGUGCAUUUGUGCAAGUGGGCCACCGACUGGAGGAACCCAUACUCUUGUUGGAACCAAGAAGGCUGGAGGAUGGCAAAGGGAAGAGUCCCUAUGACCCUAGGCAUCGGGCGGCCUCCGUGCUGGUGGGGGAGGAGCUGUACUCAGGGGUGGCGGCAGACCUCAUGGGCCGAGACUUUACCAUCUUUCGAAGCCUGGGCCAACGACCAAGUCUCCGAACAGAGCCACACGAUUCACGCUGGCUCAAUGAACCCAAGUUUGUCAAGGUCUUUUGGAUCCCGGAGAGUGAUAAUCCAGAUGAUGACAAAAUCUACUUCUUCUUCCAUGAGUUGGCAGUGGAGGCAGCACCAGUACUGGGGCGCCUGACUGUGUCUCGAGUCGGCCAGAUCUGCCGGAAUGACAUGGGUGGCCAGCGCAGUUUGGUCAAUAAGUGGACGACGUUCCUAAAGGCACGGUUGGUAUGCUCUGUGCCUGGCAUGGAGGGCGACACUCACUUCGACCAGCUCCAGGAUGUAUUCCUGCUGUCCUCAAGGGAUCCCCGAAAUCCACUGCUCUACACUGUCUUUUCCACAUCCAGCGGCAUCUUCCAGGGCUCUGCUGUGUGUGUGUACAGCAUGAACGAUGUGCGCCGGGCCUUCCUGGGACCGUUUGCACACAAGGAGGGGCCCACACACCAGUGGGUGGCCUAUCAGGGCCGUGUUCCCUAUCCCAGGCCUGGCAUGUGUCCCAGCAAGACCUUUGGCACCUUCAGUUCCACGAAGGACUUCCCUGACGACGUCAUCCAGUUUGCCAGGAACCACCCUCUCAUGUAUAACCCGGUCUUGCCCAUUGGGGGGCGCCCUGUCUUCAUGCAAGUGAGUGCUGGUUAUACCUUCACUCAAAUCGCUGUGGACCGUGUAGCAGCUGCUGAUGGGCACUAUGACGUUCUCUUCAUUGGCACAGACGUGGGAACGGUGCUGAAGGUGAUCUCGCUCCCCAAAAGCAGCCAGCCAAGUUCCGAGGGAUUGCUUCUGGAAGAGCUGCACGUGUUUGAGCACUCAGCUGCUGUCACCAGCAUGCAAAUCUCCUCCAAGAGGCAUCAGCUGUACAUAGCCUCACGGAGCUCAGUGGCCCAGAUCUCCUUGCACCGCUGUGCAGCCCAUGGCCGCGCCUGCGCAGAAUGCUGUUUGGCACGUGACCCCUACUGUGCCUGGGAUGGGGUAAAGUGUACGCGCUUCCAGCCUAGUGCCAAGAGGCGUUUCCGGCGGCAAGACAUAAGGAAUGGCGACCCCAGCAUGCUUUGCUCCAGGGACUCGUCCCGUCCUGCUUUGCUGGAGCGGAAGGUCUUUGGCGUGGAGGGUGGCAGUGCCUUCUUGGAAUGUGAGCCCCGUUCGCUGCAGGCGCGCGUGGAGUGGACUUUCCAGCGCACAGGGGAGGCUGCCUACACCCAGGUGCCGACGGAGGAGCGCGCCGAGCGCGCGGCGCGGGGGCUACUGCUGCGGGGGCUGCGGCGCCAGGACUCCGGCGUGUACCUGUGCGCAGCCAUCGAGCACGGCUUUUCGCAGCCGCUCCGUCGCCUCGCGCUACACGUUCUGAGCGCAACGCAGGCUGAGCGGCUGGCACGGGCCGAGGAGGUUGCGCCUCCUGCGCCCUCGGGCCCUAAACUCUGGUACCGGGACUUUCUGCAGCUGGUGGAACCGGGCGGCGGCGGCGGCGGCGGCGGCGGUGGCGCCGCGAGCUCCCUGCGCAUGUGUCAGCCGCAGCAUGCGCCGCGCGCCCCGGGGCCCGAACCGCGCAGGAAGGGCCGCAACCGGCGGACGCAUGCCUCCGAGCCGCGCGCUGAAAGGGGGCCGCGCAGCGCUGGGCACUGGUGACUGGGUUGUCCCCAUGCGGGGACCAGAAGGGAAACGAGAGGCCAGAGAGGGGGCAGACAGGCCCCAGGAAGACGGAUGGGCUGGAGCUGGGCACACUGCGGUCCCCGGGCCAACGGAGAUACUGAAGGACAGGCCCUGGCCCAAGGGCAGCUGCACCGGCUUAUUUAUUAACAGGAUAACCCUUGAACGUAGCCCUAGAAGGGUGGCCCAGGCCAGGUGCGGGAUCUGGCUCAGAGGGAGGGAACAGAGAAGCAGGGCUUCAGCAACAACCAGGGCCAGGGAGGUGCCCUGAAUGCCCACCCUGGCAAAGGGAUUCCUUUCCUUUGCAGUGAGCAGGAGGCUCUGAACAAGCUGGGCCAUUGGGGGUGGGGCGAGGCAGGACGACUGUACUAAAGUAAUGCAAUAAACACAUUAUCAGCUGAAGCUGGAGUGACCACAGCAGACAACCACUACUAGAAUUUGCUGUGUGGUCUUAGGCAUCUAGCUAGCAGUCUCAGAGCCCGAGUUUCUCCUGUCUAAGAUUGCUGUAGUGAGGAUUUAAAGUAGUGCAUACAUAACUGAGCAGGUUCUGUAGGGCCUGCGGGAUUAGUACUGACAUGCACAGUAUGUUCUGUAUAAUUUAAGGCCUAAGUGAAUCAGGAGUAGUGGUACAUGCCUAUGCCAGCGCUUAUAAAGUUGAAGCAGUAGGAUCUCCAGUUCCAGAACAGCCUGGGUGACAUGGUAAGAUCUUGUC